UUUUAAUUUGACAAAUGACAAUUCUGUGAGCGAAUCAAUGAAGUUUAGUUUUAUAAAAAACAAUAAUCACUCUAGAUUAGUUUAGUCUCUAAUCAACGGGAAUAAUAGGUAUUUUUCAGUGAUAUUGACUAUUGUAUCUGUUGAAUAUAGUUUGUUUGUUGUAGAGACAAAACGGCCAAUCACAUCAAGUUGGAUUUGGAAUUAUAGAAACAAAUCCUAAAUCGCUGUAUUAUUUAGUUUAAAUUCCGUGUUGGGUAUGGUAUAUCCUUUAUUUUGGUUUAAAACAAUUCUCUGGGUGUUUGUGAGCAUCAGCUGGAUUCAUACAAUAUAUCUGAGUUGGAAGUUAUCAAGUUUAUCUGAGAAAUAUGCCACUAACAGCUGAUGUGGCUGCACAACAAGUGCAGGAGCGUCUGCGCUCUCUUCACAGACUAAUAUAUGACAUAGAACCAGAAAGGGUCAGAAAUGAACAGUGUAUAGAGUCUAUACUUAGAGCUGAGAAGGCAGCAGAGUCAACACAGUCCACUGAUGACUCUUCUGGAUCUUCGCAACAGCAAAUAAUGCAGCUGAAGAACUUGUACAAGUCAGGACUCACAGCAGCCGAGCAAGAGGAGCGGCUGUUGCGCGCAGCCUUGUCACGCAUCUACGAAAUACGCACCAUCAAGAAUGAACGACGGAUCCAGGCGCGUCACGCUGGCAACAAGGAGACGAUCGGUUGCGGUGCGUUGAUGAAGAUGUUGCUGAGCGCGGCACAGACCCUGCCGCUGCACGUGGGGCGCGUCGGUGAGCGUGCGCCUGCGUUGUGCGGCGCCGUGCCCGCCGACGCAGGGCAUGUGGCGCGCCCGGGGGACGCCGUCGCGGCGCUCGUACGCGUAUCGGAUAAGGAGGAAAACUGGAUACUUGCUGAGGUUGUAAGCUGGCUUCCGGCGCAAGGCAAGUACGAGGUGGACGACAUCGACGAAGAGCAGAAGAACCGCCACGUUCUGAGCAAGCGGCGCGUCGUGCCGCUGCCGCUGAUGCGUGCCGACCCACGAACUGACGAACAUGCACUCUUCCCUAAAGGUGCAGUGGUAAUGGCGUUGUAUCCGCAAACGACAUGCUUCUACCGCGCCGUGGUGAACAGAUUGCCUGCUAGUGCCGCGGAUCCUUACGAGGUGCUCUUUGAGGACUCGUCGUACGCGGACGGGUACUCGCCGCCGGAGCGCGUGGCGCAGCGGUACGUGAUCGCGAUCAAGGAGGGCAAGGGCCGCGCCACCUGACCCGCCUCGCACCGCGCGCCGCCGCACGCCCCGCACGCCUCGCUCGCGCCGCUCCGCCUCGCGCCGCACGACGCCGAGCGCUCCUCCACCGACUCUGUCUGAACACACGCCGCACACCACUGGGGCCUUAUUCUCUAUCCCGCACGUUAUUUUAACAGUGCGUAACAAACUCGUAACACAACGCAUCAUGUUUAGGACUAUAGAAAUUGGCUUACAGAAUACCAUUUCACGCAGAUUUCACGAAGAUAACAUGACACGGCCGCGUUAGGCGUUUACACUAUCAUACAGAAUAAGAGCCCUGCACCAAUACCGGGUACACACCGAGUGAAUGAGUGCGGGCGAAUGUGACUCCAAUAUGGUUUUCGACAAUCACCACCAAAGUCUCGCUCGUCUUCGAAGCCGCAUCUACGUAUGCACAUUUGCUAGCGUUCGCUCGCACACGCUCGGUUGGUCUAUAUCCGCCAUGUGUCUACGACAGCGAACGGGUGAAUAUCAAACUUUUAUUCUUUACUAUAAAGUUUAAUUUGGCGUAAACAAAAAACCGUACGCCGAUAUGCACGUUUGAAUUCAGUCUCUUCGCCGUCGGCCCAUCCUCGUUACCUUAGUCUUGGUAAAUUUGAAUCUUAACCUAAAGCGGUGUAAGUAUCGAUAUUAGUCUAGGAAAGCCCUCUAUGAUAGGGAUGCGAGUGCGCGCUUAAAUCAUUGCACAAUGCUAGGCUAGCUGCUAAGUAUUAGGAUAUAAGUAUUAAGUACAUAAUAUUAUAAUCAUAACGUAGUAAUCUUAUCUAUACGCUAUUUAGACACUUGUACUGCCGACGAUAGACGAGCAGCGAGUACUUAGAAUCAAGUUUGCGAGCAUCGAGAAGCAAACUGUAUAGUUCCGAUAAUUUUGUAGCUGGACUGUAACGAAUGUGCGCGUGCGACAGAUUACUGACAAUGUAGUACGGAAUGAUCAAUAGGAGUCUGUCGGCGAGUAUUCUGACUCAAUCUUAUGAAGAGAGUUUAGUUAUUGCGAAAAGAAAACACAUUCGCAUUCGCAGUGCGUAGACAUAGGGCCGUUGUGAUUGGCUAAUAUUGAGAUACAACAAUAAAAACACAACAAACAAAGGCUGCCAUGCCAUCAGCACUGAGAAACAGACUUGUUUUCACAGCUUUACUCCGUACUUACAUAAAAAACAUCUAUGAAUAAGGGGGUUAGUUUGUAAUUUUUUGUAUAUCGGUUUUGUUACUACUGGUGACAUGUGUCCUAAAUUAAAGACUGUAAUAAAUGAGUUAUGGAAUGUUAGUGUCCUACAUUGGCUAUUAAUUAGUAGUUAGAGAUACGAAUAUAUAAUUUUACAAGGUAAGAAACUACAUGGGUUGCAUAGAUUUCGUCGUCGUAGGUUUUAAAGUAAUCAUUAUUUUAGAAAAUGUAUAUUGUAACGUAAUUUUUUGAUUACGUUACAUGUUUGGUUUGACAAGUACAUGUAACGUAAUCAAAAAAUUACGUUACAAUAUGGAACAGCAAGACUCAACCCAUGUGGAACACAGAAAUAAAUAAUGUGGACGUAAUUUGCUAAUUGCAUAGAGUGCAACCAAAUGGCGUAGUGUUGAGGAUUCAUCAUCUCAGCCACAGGAAGUCCACUGCUGAACAUAGGCCUACCCCAAGGAUCUCCACGCCGACCUGUUGGAAGCGGCCUGCAUCCAGCGACUUCCUGCAACCUUAGCCAGGUCGUCCGUCCACCUUGUAGGCGGGCGUCCGACAUUUCUCUUGCCUAUACGUGGCCUCCACUCUAGAACCUUUCGACCCCAACGGCCAUCGGUUCUUCGAGGCCCACUGCCACUUCAACUUGCUAAUCCUAUGGGCUAUGUCGGUAACCUUUGUUCUCCUACAGAUCUCCUCAUUUCUGAUUCGAUCUCGUAGGGAAAUACUGAACAUAGCCCUCUCCAUAGCUCGUUGACUGACCUUGAGCCUCCUGAGUGUUGAUUACCAUUAGAUUUCCAAGUUCAAAGUAUUUUGAAAAUUGCAUCUGGUUUCGACAUUCAUGGACAUUUGCAAUGCAACUUCGCGAUUUGCAGGUUUGGAUGGCUCGCCAGUCGCCAGUGGACUACAGCAAACUUAUACAUGCUUGUUGUCCCGAUAUUUUCAAAUAGUCUUCCGAAUCCUGAUAAAUAGUCCAGAAUUACGAUUCUAAAAAAUAUUUUUUAUUAAUAACAUGUAAACUGCCGCUGUGGCUUCGCUGAGCAUAAAAAUUCUGUACCGUAAAAUAUUGUGUUUUAUCAACUAGGGAUGGAUGACCACACAUAAAAUUAAGGGGAAUGAUGAAACCUAUCACAGGAUAGCACAGGCUAAAAAAGCACAUUAUUUUUGCGCCAAAGAAGCCAUCCAGCAUUUUCACUAUACUUUAUUAGUGUAUAUGUAAUGUAUUUAUUAUUGCAUUGCUGUAAAAAAAAAAUAUUUUUAUGAAAAUAAAACAAUAUAUGGA